AUGCGUCCAUUGAUUUUGCGUCUCGUUUGGCUUCUGCUUCUCGCGGCAGUAGCUGCAGAGAAGGGCCUCGAUGGCUGGCUGCGGUAUGCUCCCGUUCGAUGCGACGAACGAUGUCAACGCAAUCUGCCAUCUCGCGUCGUGACGUUCACCAACAACCAGUCCAACCCGGUAUUCACUGCCGCCCAGGAAUUGAAGACGGGGCUGCAUGAUAUAGUUGGAAAAGAGCUCCCCAUUGCGCGUUCAAAAUGCGAUUCUCGCUCUUCACUUGUGGUGGCUACUCUUGAAGAAUACCGGAAAGCAUGCAACAAACUCUCGGACAUUCCGACACUAGAGGAGGAUGGUUUCUGGUUGAGAGCGCAGGGCGACAGCGUCCAAAUUAUCGGCCAGAACGCGCGCGGUGCAUUAUACGGUGCCUUCGAAUACAUUUCGCUGCUCGGCCAAGGAAACUUCUCCGACGUGGAUUACUCAACUAGUCCUCAUGCUCCGAUCCGAUGGGUGAACCAGUGGGAUAACAUGGACGGAAGUAUAGAACGGGGCUACGCUGGCCCAUCUAUCUUCUUUUCGGAAGGCCGAAUAGUUGAGAACAUGGAUCGCGUCAAACAAUACGCUCGGCUUCUAGCUUCGAUCCGAAUUAAUGCCAUUGUCGUGAACAACGUGAACGCUAACGCCACACUCCUCACGCCAGCCAACAUGAAAGGGCUGACGCGCAUUGCCGACGUCUUCCGACCGUACGGAAUCCAAAUCGGAGUCUCGCUCAAUUUCGCCUCUCCGGAUACGCUGGGUGGUCUGGGCACAUAUGAUCCCUUGGAUCCGAAGGUCAUUUCCUGGUGGCAAGACAUCACCGAUCGCUUGUAUGAGCAUGUCCCUGACCUGGCCGGGUACGUAGUAAAGGCGAGCUCCGAGGGUCAGCCCGGUCCAGAUACAUACAAUCGAACGUUAGCAGAAGGGGCCAACCUCUUCGCGCGGACUUUGCAGCCGUAUGGUGGCAUACUCAUGUUCCGUGCCUUCGUUUAUGAUCACCACCUGACGGAAGACAGUUGGACUAAUGACAGAGCCAACGCGCAAAUCGAGUUCUUCAAGGAGCUCGACGGGAAGUUUGAAGACAAUGUCGUUCUUCAGAUAAAGUAUGGACCCAUUGAUUUCCAAGUGCGCGAGCCCGUGUCUCCGCUGUUCGCCAAUAUGUACCACACCAACAUGGCUAUCGAGCUACAGGUCACGCAGGAGUAUCUCGGCCAACAGUGUCAUCUUGUCUAUCUUGCUCCGCUAUGGAAAGAAAUAUUGGACUUUGACUUACGCGUGGACCAGAAGCCAUCUCCUGUCCGAGACAUCGUGUCAGGACAGCACUUCAAGCGGCCGCUCGGAGGGUGGGCUGCUGUGGUGAAUGUCGGCACAAACAACACCUGGCUAGGAAGCCAUCUGGCCAUGUCCAAUUUGUAUGCCUACGGUCGUCUAGCAUGGAGCCCUACAGAUGAUUCCGUCGAAAUCCUAGAAGACUGGACGCGUCUGACAUUUGGGCAAGAUCGCCGUGUUCUGAACACGAUCACGGAAUUGUCAAUGGCUUCAUGGCCGGCAUACGAGAACUAUAGUGGAAACCUGGGCGUUCAGACCCUAACCGACAUCCUCUACACCCACUAUGGGCCCAAUCCCGGCUCACAGGAUGGUAAUGGCUGGGGACAGUGGACACGUGCUAACAGCCACUCCAUCGGCAUGGACCGUACCGUGAAGAAUGGAACGCGAAACGCGGGCCAAUAUCCGAAGGAAAUUGCGGAAAUGUACGAGGAGAUAGAAACGACCCCCGAUGAUCUGCUCCUCUGGUUCCACCAUGUCCCCUACUCGCAUCGUCUGCAUUCUGGGAAAACUGUGAUUCAGCAUUUCUACGACGCACACUACGAUGGCGCCGAAACCGCUCAGACCUUUGUUCCCAAAUGGGAGGCGCUGAAGGGGCGCAUUGACAAGCAACGAUACGAGGAGGUGCGUCAUCGGUUGAUCUACCAGGCGGGCCAUUCGAUCGUCUGGCGCGAUGCAAUCAAUAACUUCUACUACAACCUGUCCGGCAUCGAGGACCAAGAGGGUCGAGUACGCCAUCACCCAUGGCGUGUGGAAGCCGAAGAUAUGACUCUGAAUGGAUACACCAAAUACACGGUUCAUCCGUACGAGACCGCCUCAAAUGCAACCGCCAUCGUCACGGCGACCAACUCCACCACGGGAACCGCUUCGACGAAGUUGAAAUUCCCAUCUGGCACUUAUGAUCUGGGGAUCAACUACUAUGAUCUAUAUGGUGGACAAUCUGAAUGGACGGUGUAUUUGAACAAGCGCGUUGUCGGGAAAUGGCGAGGAGACGCCGAGGAUACCCUGGGACACACGCCGUCGAUCUAUUUGGAUGGUCAUUCGGCGAUACGGAUCACCUUCCGGGAUGUCAAGGUCGAAAAGGGGGACGUGUUGAAGAUUGUCGGUCAAGCGGAUGGUGUUGAGCCGGCGCCGUUGGAUUAUGUGGUGUUGCUCCCUGAGGGCGUGGUGGAUUAG